UAAUUAGUUUAUAACAUUCGAGUAAUCAAGUCGUCUAGCGUACAGAUUACUUAUUAAAAUGGAUCCACGAAAGUGUAUCUUUUUAAUUGCAUUAAUGUUGUUAAUAUUGGCUACAUGCAGUCAUAAUAUCACGCGACCUAUCAAAAUUGGUGCAAUCUUUCACAAAGGUGAUGAGGAUCAUAUGUCGGCAUUUCUAAAAGCAAUCUCUGAGACAGAAUACGAACACCUUGCACCUGCGUUCGAAUUCAUCCCUGUCACUAAAUACAUAGAUGCCGAUAGUUUUAAAACUGCAGCAGCUACCUGUGAGCUCCUCGAGGAAGGUGUGGCAGCUAUUUUCGGACCAUCAAGUCCGUAUACUCGCGGAACAGUCGCGAGUAUUACUUCGCGAUAUAACAUACCACACAUCGAAUACGUUUGGCGCGAAAACAAGAGAUCAAAGGCGAAAACAAAGGCAGAUAAUAAUCCGUCAAUGACCAUAAAUGUAUUCCCGGACAGCGAGAUGGUCAGUCAGGCUAUCGCCGACGUUGUUGACUCGUUGAAAUGGCGAGGCUUCGUGGCGAUUUACGAAAACGAUGAUGGACUUUCGCGCAUUCAAAAGGCUUUGACGAUAAGACGAAAAAAAAAUUAUCUCAUUACAAUUCGGCAACUGAGCAAUGAAGAUUAUCGCCCGAUACUUAAAGAGAUACGCUCUUUAUCUAUUUGCAAUGUGAUCAUCGAUGUCGAGCCGAAAAAUAUUGUUCGCGUUCUCAAUGAUGCGAAAGAAGUCAAACUGCUUGCGGAUUACUGCAAUUUUGUCAUAACAUAUCUGGAUUCAUCCAAACUACCUAUCUCCGAAAUACGAAAUGGCACCAAUGCCAAUAUUAUCGGAUUGAGCUUAAGGCACAAAGAUGUAGAAGGAGUUGAUUCGAUAGAGUCGGCUGUUCUCUAUGAUGCAGUAUUUUUGCUAAACAAAGCAAUGGAGUCCCUAAAUUCGAGGAACACUGACGUCAAGGAAUCUAUAAUAAUUGAUCCUGUAUCACUCUCUUGUAAAAAAAAUGGAAAGUAUCAAGCGGGACCCAAUAUUACGAGCGUUAUGCGACAGUUGUCGAAAAUGGGGAAGAUAACAGGCUCCAUGAAUAUUGAUAAAUAUGGUCAUCGACGAGAGUUUAACAUUCAAAUACUGGAUUUUCGUCGAAAUAUAGUUCAAAAAGCUUUCUGGGACAUUAAUGGUCUACAUCCUAUUCGAAUUGAAGAAAAACUUGACUAUAUCAGCUAUUUGAAUAUAUCAAUUCAAGAAAAAACAUUUGCAAUUAGCAUCAAAGUAGGUGAGCCUUAUGUAAUGGAAGUCCCUGAAGGCAUAAACAGAGGAGUUUUAAUCGGCAAUAAACGCUACGAAGGUUUCUGUAUCGAUUUGAUCGAACAUCUCUCACAAAGACUCAAAUUUAAAUUCUAUUAUGAAGUUAUAAACGGUCCGAACGGGUUCUACAACCGAAAGACGAGAAGCUGGAACGGCCUAAUCAAGCGCCUUCUAGAUCGUAAGGCCGAUUUAGCGAUCAGCGAUAUAACGAUAAAUUCUAUGCGGGAAUCCGCUGUGGAUUUCACCAUGCCAUUCAUGACUGUCGGUAUAAGUCUUUUAUUUAGUAAGCCAGAAGAGAUGGAAAUACACUUAUUUUGGUUUGUUCGUCCAUUAAGUAUUGACGUUUGGAUUUAUAUGGCGACAGCUUAUCUCGUCAUAUCCAUAAUGUUAUUUUUUCAAGCACGAAUGUCGCCAGGUGAAUGGAAUAAUCCGCAUCCCUGCAAUUCUGAUCCUGAUAAUUUGGAGAACAAUUUCAACAUGAAAAAUUCGUUCUAUCUAACCAUUAGCUCUCUUAUGCAUCAAGGCGUCGAUAUACUUCCAAAGGCGCCGUCUAUUCGAAUGCUCACGAGUGUGUGGUGGUUCUUCUCGCUUAUCAUGAUCUCAUCAUAUACAGCUAAUCUAGCAGCCUUUCUUACGAUGAAUAAAAUGGAUACACCAAUUAAAAAAAUAGAAGAUUUGGCCAAACAAACAAAAAUCAAGUAUGGUGCUAUCGCAGGUGGUGCGACAGCAGCAUUUUUCAGAGACUCAAAUUAUUUGACAUAUAACCGCAUGUAUGCAACAAUGAUCGAAGCGAGACCAAGCGUGCUUGUCAAUAGCGUCAGUGAAGGUGUGGAUCGCGUCUUGAAAAACAAAGGACAGUACGCUUAUCUUAUAGAGAGCACAACACUUGAAUACAUAAUGGAACGAAACUGCGGAGUCCAGAAGAUAGGAGGGCUCAUAAACAUUAAAGGCUUCGGAAUAGCUUUACCGCGUAAUUCUCCGUACAGAACGUCGAUUAAUCAUGCGAUCUUAUGGCUCGAUGAAAAAGGUAUAUUGGAGAAAUUAAAAAAUAAAUGGUGGGUGGAGAGAGGGGGUAAAAAGUGUAAAAAAGUUGACUCAGAAAAUGUUAUUACAUCCCAAUUAGGAUUAGCAAAAGUCGGUGGCGUAUUUUUCGUUUUAAUAAUCGGUUGUGGGUGCGCAUUGUUAAUCGGAAUUUUUGAAUUCCUUUGGAAUAUACGAAACGUUGCUGUGAAAGAAAAGAUCACACCGAAAGAAGCAUUAAUAGCAGAGCUAAAGUUCGCGGUAAAUAUUUGGGCAGAGACGAAACCUGUUAAAAUUGGUAAGAGCAGCAACGGCGCAAAUUCAGGUGGACUCGAUAGAGACGUAUAUACAGCUCGUUCUAUCGUUGGUUCCUUUUUACAUCUUGACAUGCUCGAUUUAUUCGAUAACACAAAUAAUCGGAGCAAUGAUCGUAAGAUUAAUUAAUUGCACUGUCAGGCUAAUUAAAAAUUAAAAAGCAUCGCAUUUUCAGAAUUCUAUA